AUGUUAUUUUAUUAAUAUUUAUAAUUUGAAAAGCCCUACUUUAAUAGAUUCUUCUAGGAACUAUUUUUCUAUUAUAGAUUUAACAUCUAAUUGAGUGAUUUAUCUCAAUUCAAAAGCUAAUUUAAUAUAGCAAAAAUAGUCUAAAAAUUGACUUAGAAAUAUAAAAAGACAUUUAGUAGUUUUUGUUGCAGUAUAAGUAUAAUUAUAAAAUCAUAUCAUAGGAUUAAAAAGUAAAUGAGAUUAUUAAUUAUAGUAAAUUCAAUACCAAUUUAAUUUGAUCAAGUGUUAAAAUAUAUGUCGUAUUAUUUAGUCUGGAAUACAACUAUAAAACAGAUUUGUCGUAGAAACACACUUUUACUCCUCAAAUAAAAAUCAGUUAGAGUUAAGGAAAUAAUUCUAAUUUGGAUUUUGGAUUGAAAUAACACUAUUUUAACAAAAAAGAUAAAAUAAAUGUUAGAUUUAACAUUUUUUAAUCUCUUUUAAACAAAUAUAAAAUGCAAUAUUGUUUGAUAGACACUUUCAAGAAACCUUACAAGUUAUAUAUUGGAUUGGUGUGAUAUAGAAUGUUAAAUUAAUGAAUUCCUAUUGCCUUUUGCAUUAUAAAAUUAAUAAUAUGAAAUACGAUUUUAGUGUAUAUUUCAGGUUGAGUUCAAGUGAAAAUAGAUUAAACAAAAAAUUGAGAUUUUUAAUGGGUUUUUCAACAGAGAAGAAGAUUUUUAGGGAAGAUUGA